AUGAGCAAGGGACCGGGACUCUUCUCAGACAUUGGCAAGAAAGCCAAAGAUCUGCUUACUAAGGACUACCUCUCUGAUCACAAAUUCUCCGUCUCCACCUACAGUGAUGCCGGAGUGGCACUGACAACAUCCACUGUGAAAAAGGGUGGUUACUCAUCCGGCGAUGUGGCAGCUCAGUACAUAUAUAAGAACACUUCUGCUGAUGUGAAAGUCGAUACAGAAUCGAAUAUCUCAGCAACUCUGACUGCUGCCAAUAUCAUCCCAUCGUCGAAGACAAUUGCCACUCUGAAGUAUCCCAAUUAUGAGUCUGGCAAGCUGGAAUUCCAAUAUUUCCAUCCUCACGCGUCACUGACUGCAGCUGUUGGUCUGAGCCAAGCCCCUCCUGUUGAUUUCUCGGUGACACUUGGCACUCCGACCUUUGCUUUGGGUGCAGAAGCUGGUUACGAGACCACUUCCGGAAAAUUAACUAAAUAUACUGCCGGCAUAACCGUGACAAAACCAGAUUCCUGUGCUUCAGUGCUUCUGGGAGACAAGGGGGACACCAUAAGGGCAUCAUAUAUCCACUACUUGGACCAGUUGAAGAAGAGUGCUGCAGUGGGAGAAAUAUCUCGAAAAUUCUCCACCAACGAGAACACUUUCACUGUGGGUGGGUCGUACGCCAUCGACAACCUGACACAAGUGAAAGUGAAGCUCAAUAAUCAUGGCACCUUAGGCACUGUUUUGCAGCAUGAGGUCAUCCCAAAAUCACUCGUGACUAUAUCCAGCGAAUUUGACACCAAGGCUCUGGACAAGACCCCGAAAUUCGGAGUGUCUCUCGCUUUAAGGCCUUGA